AUGGAAGAAUUAGCAGGAAGGCCUCUGCUUGAGGGCGCCGACGAGAAGGGGCGGUCAGGCGAGUUCGGCGCCAGCAGCAGCAGCAGCUGUAUUCCGGGUACCGGAGGCAGGGACUCAUCGUCGUCGUCGUCGGCGGUCAACCCCGCGGUCAUCUUCAGCACAUUCAUCGCCAUUUGUGGCUCCUUCUGCUACGGCUGUGCUCUGUCCUACUCAUCACCGGCGCAAUCGGGAAUAAUGCAAGAUUUGGGGCUAUCAAUCGCUGCUUACUCAGCUUUCGGGUCGAUGUUGGAGAUCGGAGGGAUGAUCGGUGCCCUGUUCUGUGGCAGAAUUACUGCUUUGCUUGGCAGGAAAUACACAAUGUGGCUGGCACAGAUAUUUUGCAUUAUUGGCUGGCUCGCCCUCGCAGUUGCUCAAAGUGAGUGGUGGCUGAUUAUGGGAAGGAUGUCCAUGGGUCUUGGAGUUGGGUUCAUCACUUAUGUGGUCCCUGUUUACAUUGCAGAGAUUACACCAAAGGAGUCCAGAGGCUCAUUCUCAUUCGCUAACCAGUUGCUAGUAACCAGUGGGUUUGCAGUAACCUAUGCCGUUGGGACUGUGGCUUCCUGGCGCAACCUGGCGUUGCUUGCUAUUAUUCCUGGAAUCGUGCAACUGAUCGGGCUGUUCUUCAUCCCCGAGUCCCCAAGAUGGCUAGCGAACGCUGGAAGGGUGAAGGAGUUUCGAGCAGCAUUGCAGUACUUGCGGGGCAAGAAUGCAGACAUUUCAGCAGAAGAAGAAGAAAUCCAGGCCUCUGUGGAUGACAUGAACAAUGGUCCAAAAGCAAGAAUGGUGGACAUUUUCCAGAGAAAAUAUGCUUAUGCCCUCACUGUUGGACUGGGCCUAAUGUUCCUCCAACAACUGGGAGGCAACUCUGGAGUUGCAUACUAUGGUAGCAGCAUCAUUGAGAAAUCAGGGUUCCCAAUCAACAUUGGAACUAUAGUAAUGUCUCUGAUUCAGAUUCCAAUCUCAGCUGUUGGCGUAGCGUUAAUGGAUAUCAGCGGAAGAAGAGCUCUCCUCAUGGUUUCUGCAGGUGGGAUGGGGAUAUCUGCAUUCCUUGUGGGAUUAUCUUUCGUAUUACAGGGGCUUAACCUUUUCAAAAAGGUCACUCCAAUUCUUACUGUAAUUAGCAUCACUGGACAUAUAGGAUCAUUUGCAAUUGGGAUGGGAGGAAUCCCAUGGAUCAUCAUGUCUGAGAUAUUCCCCGUGAGUGUGAAGGCUCUGGCUGGAACUCUGGUCACAUUAGUCAAUUGGUCAUCGUCCUGGAUGGUAACCUACUCUUUCAAUUUCAUGAUGCAAUGGAGCCCUGCAGGUACUUUCUUCAUUUUUGCGACCGGGAGUGCUGCAACAGUUGCGUUCACCUGGAAGUUAGUUCCAGAGACCAAGGGAAGAACAUUGGAAGAGAUUCAAGCAUCGAUGACAACUCUUCACUAA